AACUAAGUUAGUAAUAAGCAAUAAUAAUAAGAAAGAAAAAGUCGAUAGUUCAUAUCUAAGCGCCGCAUUUUCUUCCUUUAUUUCUUCUGUUCUUCCCCCAAACCCUAAAAGAGAUAAACAAUUAACCCCCAUCAAUCUAGGGUUUCUCUUUAAUUUGGGAGAAGCAUUUUCGUUCUGAGUUAUUGAAAGUGGAAACCCUUCGUCAAAACCAACCUACUGUUCGUCCUCGGCUAUCGACUCUUAUUAAGAUUAUAUAUUAGACAAAGAGAGUUGUUUUGAAAUUGCUUAAAGCAUCCAAGAUGUCAUCUAUAAGGAAUGCAAUCCCUAAAAGGACGUAUAAGGAGCGAUCUCAACCGGCUUCAAGGAAAAAGUUUGGGUUCCUUGAAAAGCACAAGGAUUAUGUUAUUCGUGCUAGGGAAUACCACAAAAAGGAGGAGACAUUACGGAAACUCAAAGAGAAGGCUGCUAAUAGGAACCCUGAUGAAUUCAAUUUCGGCAUGAUCAGAACCAAAACAAUUAAUGGAGUACAUAGACCUGAGAGCGAGGCAAACAAAUAUACACCAGAAGAACUUUCAUUGAUGAAGACACAAGACAUUGGAUAUGUGCUUCAGAAACUACAAAUUGAAAAGAAGAAAGUUGAAAAGCUUAGAGCUAUGCUACACAAUUUAGAUGAUCAGCCAUCAAACAGACACAUUUACUUUGCAGAAGACAGGGAAGAGGCGAAAGAAUUACUAUCGAAGUCCUCACAGAAGAAAGAGCUCAACACAUUAGGACCUAUACCUGAGGAGAUCAAGAGUAUGGUGAAUGCUUCCUACAAGGAGCUCGAGGCUAGAAUGAAAAGAGUUGAAGAUUUGGAGAGAGUCCAUGCAGAGAUGACCUUGCAGAAAGAACUACAGAAGAAGGGUAGGAAACGCAAGUUACGGGAAGAUGAGAUUGUUUGCCCCACAUCAAAGCCAGUAUACAAGUGGCGAGCAGAACGUAAGCGAUGAAUAGACUGUGAUCAACUGUGUUAAAGUAAUGGGAUUCUGUGUUUUUUCUUAUACAUUAGUUUUGUGCCCCCAUAUGGAAGGGAUUUUUUUUGAGCAUUGGACAUUGCAGAGCAGCAAAGAGAGUUUGCACAACAGAUAAUGCUAUUCCCAAUUCCAUUUCUGGUUCAGAGAUGUUGAGUCAAAGUAAUGGGAUUCUGUGUUUUUGCUUGUAGUUGUAGCUACUGAAAAUAAAGAGGAAUCUGUUGACUUAGAAAUCAUUUCUCAUUUUAGCUGUCACAAAUGUUAAAUAAAUCCAAAGGAAUUAAUGAGCAUCAGUAGAUUCAAAUCA